UUCGGCAUUGUCACUCGCUUUAUCAAUUAAAAGAUACAAUUUCGAGCACCAACAAUUUUUUUGUUCUUUUUUUUAUUAAAUAAUACAAAUAUUUGAAAUAAGUGUUGUGUGAAUACAGAUAAUUACGUUGAAAUGACAUUUGAGAAGAAACCGAUGGCUGAAUUAAGAAAUCACCGCUUUAUUGCCCGCGGGUCACACAAGGGCAAGGGCUUGGCCGUGUUAACAAGUGGUGGUGAUUCACAGGGCAUGAAUGCAGCCGUACGUGCAUGUGUGCGUAUGGGCAUUUAUCUCGGUUGCAAGGUUUACUUCAUUCGUGAAGGUUACCAAGGCAUGGUCGAUGGUGGUGAAAACAUCGAAGAAGCAAAUUGGUCAUCGGUGUCCAGCAUCAUUCAUCGAGGUGGCACUGUUAUUGGCUCUGCUCGAUGUGCUGCAUUCCGCACACGUGAAGGUCGCUUGCAGGCUGCAAAUAAUCUCAUCAAACGCGGCAUUACAAAUUUGGUUGUAAUUGGUGGUGAUGGUUCAUUGACCGGUGCAAAUUUGUUCCGUCAAGAAUGGAGCAGUUUGCUGGAUGAAUUGCUAAAAGAGAAAAAAAUCGACGAUGAACAACGCAAAAAGUAUGGAGCUUUACAUAUUGCUGGAAUGGUUGGUUCCAUCGAUAAUGACUUUUGCGGUACAGACAUGACCAUUGGCACAGAUUCAGCAUUGCAUCGUAUCAUCGAGGCAAUUGAUGCAAUCGUCAGUACAGCAUAUUCGCAUCAAAGAACCUUCAUUAUGGAAGUCAUGGGCCGUCACUGUGGCUACUUGGCAGUGGUUAGUGGUGUAAUAUCAGAAGCGGACUAUAUAUUCAUCCCCGAGUCUCCGCCGCCGACCGAUUGGCCGACUAGACUCUGCAAUAAAUUGAUUCAGGAACGAAAUGCUGGCCAACGUUUGAAUAUUAUCAUUGUUGCUGAAGGUGCCAUUGAUCGUGAUGGAAAUCCGAUUACAGCUGAACUGGUUCGUCAAACUGUCGUCAGAGAAUUAAAUCAAGAUACUCGCAUCACUGUACUGGGUCAUGUACAACGUGGAGGCAAUCCAAGCGCUUUUGAUCGUGUUUUGGGAUGCCGUAUGGGAGCUGAGGCAGUUAUGGCAUUGAUGGAAGCUGAUGAGUCAGAAGUUCCAUGCGUUGUGUCAUUGGAUGGUAAUCAAGCUAUUCGUGUACCAUUGAUGGAAUGUGUUGAGCGUACACAAGCUGUUGCAAAGGCUAUGGCUGAGAAGCAAUUCGAAUUGGCUGUCGAAUUGCGUGGACGCUCAUUUGCUAGAAAUCUUGAAACAUACAAGAUGUUGACUCGUCUAAAGCCACCAAAGGAAUCACAAGAUGGCCGACCACCUAGUGGUUAUCGAAUGGCUGUUAUGCACAUUGGAGCACCGGCAUGUGGUAUGAAUGCGGCUGUUCGUUCGUUUGUGCGUAAUUGUAUCUAUCGCGGUGAUGCCGUAUUUGGAAUUCAUGACGGUAUUGAAGGAUUGAUUGCUGGAAAUAUUAACCAAAUGAAUUGGUCUGAUGUAACUGGUUGGGUUGGUCAGGGUGGUGCUUUUCUUGGCACAAAACGUACCCUUCCGGAGGGUAAAUUUGAGAAAAUUGCCGCUAAAUUGCGUGAAUUCAAGAUUCAAGGUCUUUUGAUUGUUGGUGGUUUCGAAGCAUAUCAUGCAUGUGGUCAAUUGGCCGAUCAACGUGAAAAAUUCAAGGAAUUCUGUAUUCCAAUGGUUGUUAUUCCAUCGACCAUUUCAAAUAAUGUUCCCGGUACUGAAUUUUCACUUGGAUGUGAUACCGGAUUGAAUGAGAUUACUGAAAUUUGCGAUCGUAUUCGUCAAUCGGCUCAAGGAACAAAACGCCGUGUAUUUGUCAUUGAAACAAUGGGAGGCUAUUGUGGUUAUUUGGCAACAUUGGCCGGUUUGGCUGGUGGUGCUGAUGCUGCAUACAUUUAUGAAGAGAAAUUCUCAAUUAAAGAUUUGCAACAGGAUGUACAACAUAUGGCAUCGAAAAUGUCCGAGGGCGUUCAACGUGGUUUAAUUUUGCGCAAUGAAAAAGCAUCCGAAAGUUAUAAUACCGAAUUCAUUCAUCGUUUAUACACGGAAGAGGGACGUGGUCUAUUCUCAUCACGUAUGAAUGUUUUGGGGCAUAUGCAACAAGGUGGCUCACCAACACCAUUCGAUCGUAAUAUGGGCACCAAAAUGGCAGCCAAAUGCGUUGAAUGGAUGGUUGAACAAUUGAAAACAUGCACAGCUGAUGAUGGCACAGUCAAUGCAAAUGGACCAGAAAGCGCUUGCUUACUUGGUUUGGUUCGUCGUCAAUACCGUUUCACGCCAGUCAAAGAACUUAUUCCGGAAACUAAUUUCCAACAACGUAUUCCCAAACAUCAAUGGUGGUUGAAAUUGCGUCCACUUCUCCGUAUUUUGGCUAAACACGAUUCAACAUACGAAGAAGAAGGAAUGUAUAUUACAGUGGAAGAGGAAUGCGCUAGCGAAGCGAACAUUAUUUAAACCAAAAAAAAAUAAAAAAAUAUAGCGCAAAUUGCAUCACAGAUUUAGUUCUCAGGAAGACUAUAUCGAUUGCGAAUACACAUUUUUAAAUUGAACAUUGAUUAAUCAAAUCCAUUUAUAGACAACAACAGAACAAACGAACAACAUGAAGCUGAGAAAGAAAUGAUUUAAAGCCAAAAAUAUUACUACUGUUAAAUCUCCAAUAUUUUACAUUGAAUGAUACUGCCACGGAAUGAAGUCGGCAUGAUAAUACAAUGUCACCGUUUUUCUCUCUAUUGAUAUUUUGAAUAUCACAUUAUAGAGAAACGAAUAAACAAACAAACAAUUGAGCGGGCACUAAAAUUGCGCUCAUAUUUAUUGAUGCACAAUUUCAUCAUAUAAUUUAUUUAAAUACAUUUAAACAUUGAACAAUUUUCGAUGAUGUGCAUUAGGAUGAUGUGCACAUUUUUAUCACCGUCACCGAUGAAGAACCGUCACCGUCUUUCACAUUGUUAUUAGUGAAAUGAAUAUUAUUUGAUAUUUUAAUUUUGUUUGAAGACAUGCAUAUAGUCCUUUUAUUGUUCACAUCAACGAGUAUUUUUUAAAGAGCAAAAACGAACUGGAAAGAAAUCCGACAUGCAACACGGAUGUUCUAAUGUAUAUUGUGUAUAACAAAGAAUUAUUUUUCUAUGCACCCAUUUGCAAAGAGUCAAGAAUCUAUACAAUAUAUAUUUUUUUAAUUUAUUUUUUUUCGUCUUAAUUUUUAAGUGAAAUUUAUUUAUAUGAUAUUCUUUUUUGUUUUCUCUAUUGAAAGAAAUGGCUAUGCCUAUGUGUAGAGUUAAACAGUCUUUGGCUGCCAAUAAAAAUAGACUAUUUUUUUUUUUUUUUGAAAAAAAUGAAAGAGAGAAAGUGGAGGAGAGAAAGAGAAUGGGCUCACAAAUGUUGAUGACAUACGCUUCAAUUAGUUAAACAAAAUAAAUGUGCACGUGUCCUAAUUGCACUUUAAAUAGAGUCAUGAUUUUAUGAAUUCAUCCAACUAUUGUAUUAUAUGUUGUUAAAAGAAAAUCUAUAAUAAUAAAUAUUAUUUCAUUAUUGGCAAAUGCA